AUGGACAAGCGCGAGACGUGGAUCGCCACCCAGGCCCCCACCGAGGCCACCAUCGUCGACUUCUGGCGGAUGUGUUGGGAGCACGAGGUCGUGAACAUUGUGCAGCUGUGCCGUCUGGUCGAAGACGGGAAGAUCAAGUGCGCCGCCUAUUGGCCGGACGAGCCGGGCCUCUUCCAGAACCACGGCCGUUUCUUCGUCAACAACAAGAAAAAGGAGAAGCAGGAGGGCUUCACGGCGUUGACCAUCGAGCUGCUGCCGGACGGGUGCUCGAACAGCCGGAUUGUUCGGCUCAUCCAGAUGCACGACUGGCCGGAUCGCGGCGUCCCCACCACCGGUCCCCAUCUCCUCCGUUUCCUGCGUGCCUUGGACAAGCAUGGCGACGAGUUGAACAAGGGCCAGACCGUCAUGCACUGCUCCGCGGGCAUCGGCCGCACCGGAACGAUCAUGCUGAUCCACUGGAUGAAGACGGCCUGCGCCGCGAACGAGUCUUUCGACCCGUUCGAGAUGUUCAAGAAGCUGCGCGACCAGCGGGCCUCCUCCGUCCAGACCGAGCAGCAAUUCCUGUUCGUCUUCGCGACGUGCAUGGAUUGGAUGGAGUGCCGCUUCUCCCCGCUCCACUCCAAGUUCGCGGAGACGAGGAAGGAUCUGCACGGCUACAUCCAACAAAAAACAUGCAACAACAACAACAACAACAACAAU